AAUCCACAUUCGCAUUGCGACUGAGCACAAUCCUCUGGCGCUUUUCCUCAUAUGCCACAUGAUAUGGCCAAUCAGUCAUUACAAGUGAGCGGAUACAGACUCCGGAGAACACACGAGAAGUCCCGGAAUGGGUGCCUUAGGUGCAAGCAGCAGCGGAAGAAGUGCGACGAAAAGAGACCCAGUUGCUCCCGAUGUACCAAGCGCUCGUAUACUUGCCGAUAUCCAUUCCCUCUCAGUGAUGACAAUUUGUCAGAAGAGCCGGAAUCGGCCGCCCAUUCGCCCGUCUCCGACUUGCAUGUAAUCUCCGGGCCCGAGUCUCCCGUCUCACCCUCACAUCAUCAUCGUCUCUCGGAUCCCACGCCUUAUCUCGAUGCACAAACUAGCUCCCAGUCACGCUCUAGUACCGAUGAAGCAAGGCUGGACCCCAGCCGGUUGGGGCCGCAAUCCCCCGGUUUCCUCGAUGCGACCGAGCUGAGUCUCCUAGCACACUAUCUCACGCACACGAGCCACAUCAUCCCGGUCGACCAGCUCGACCUCUACGCCCUUUCCGUCGGCGUGCCCAACCUCGCCUUCAGAAGCAAAGCGGUCAUGUCCUCACUGCUCGCCUUGGCAGCAGCAUGUCAGUCUCACGACAUCGCCAAGCAAGCCCUGACGCCGCAGAGCCUCCUGCAAAUCCGCGAGUUACUGGGGCUAGCCGAGCGCCACCACCGCGCCUCGCUCCGCCACAUCCAGGAGUCCAUGCAGAGUCCGGAGAUGUACGAUCACGUCUUGGCCAAUGCGGCUCUGAUGGUGCUGUACGCGUCUGCCAGCCACUCCAUCCGCGUCCACUUGGCCGCCACGGCCAAGCAGCGGGGACAGCGGCUGCCUGGGGAACUGCUUCCGCAGCACUCGCAGUGGAUCUCAUUCACUCGUGCCGCGCAUACAGCCUCUACUGCCGUGCUGAAUGACAUUGUGAACGCCGCGGACGGAGCUAGUCCAAUCAUACAUACCGAGUCAAGCCUCCCUAGCACAGCCCUAAGCACCCCCGGGGUCCUAUCGCCGCAGGACGGCCCCUCCGAGCACACGAAGCGUCUCUUCCUUCCCAUCGUCGCAUCAACCUACACCCAAGCCUUCGAACGUCUGCGCAAGAGAGCAGAGACCACGGUCACUUUACUGAAGAACUCGAAUCAGUCCUGUAACAUGGCCCAACUCCACGCAUCCCUCGAAACAGUCUCCAUCCUCGAGCACUGCGCCGCAGCAGCCUUGACUCCCCGCCGAACCCCGGCAACCAGCCCCCGAACCCAGGCCCUAGCCCUACACAAACGCGCGCGCGUCUCCCCCUGGGUUGCGAAGUACAUGAUCAGCGUGACUUCGAUGGAGGCGCCGCAGAUCCUCCGCCGGAUCAUCAUGUCGUUCCUCAACAAAGCGUCGACCGAGUAUCUCGGCCUCGUGCAGUCGGUUCUCGACGCCACGUCCACGGGGAUGGAAGGCUCCGCCACCGCCGAGGUGAGGGCGCUGACGGCGACGCAUGUUCUGGCGAUGGACAUUUUCGCGCAUUGGUUGGUGUUGGUCAUGUUGCUGGACGGGGUGUGGUGGAUCGGGGCGAUCGGGCAGUGGGAGCUGGGCCAGGUCUUGGCCGUGCUGAAGACGCAGGAUCCGCUAGGCUUGGCGGAGACGGGGGAGACCUGGUGGCCCGAGAGUAUGUACUUGGUCAAGCGGGAGCUGAGCCCUAGUGCUCCGUGA